AUGUUACAAAAUGCAUUUGAUGGGAUGAAGAGAGAUUUAACUUUACCGGUUAACCUGACUGAAAGCAGAAAGGGCUCAGUUUUGGGUAUUCUGAUAAAGUUAAUCAAGAUGGAACGAAGCAUUCAUUCUGAUUUUCUUGUAAUCAUGUUUAGUAUGAGCAACUGCUAUUUGUCAAGAGUCUCUCAUCAUUUUAACUCGACAAGUUAA